AUGGAUGAGCGUCCUAAUUCUAGAUCCCUUCCAACAACGUCAAAGUCAUCUGACCUUACAAGCACUUCUAUUGACGAAACCAUUGCGCCGAAUACGUCGCAGGCCAUUGACGGGGUGCUUCAGGUCAAAGCAGCUCCACCUCCUCUAAAAAAAUCCAACGGCGACAUCGGCAUCCGAUUACGUGUCCCGCAAGAUGAUGAGCUGCCAAGACUACCCCAGAAUGGCAUCCUGCGCAACCACUCGAAGCAACACCACCCAAACGGUGAUGGCGCUCAGAAGCAAUCUGUACAAACCUAUGAUUUUGAAGAUGAGCCGAUGCCAAGUGAUAGUUGCUGUUGUGGCAAAGUCCAUAUUAUGAAAGGCUGCCGAGCGGUUGCCAUUUUGAGUCUACUUUCUGUGAUCGCGAAUGGCAUACUUUAUGUUUUUGGUUUCACAAGAUUUGGUGUAUCGACGUGGAUAGAAAUCCUAAUCCUAAUCUUCGAGCUGUUCACAAUUUUCAUGCUAUUUUGUGGCCUUUCUCGAAAGAGAUCCGGCUUCUUGAAGCCAUAUCUUUUCUUCAAUACGAUUUGGGCCGUGUGCCUUUGUAUAUUAUUUUUGAUGUGUGUCUGGCAGCUAAUUCGGGGCGGCAAUAUGCCGGCGAAUUUAUGGAAGAACCUGAAGCAUAUGAAGGGCCAGUCAGAGUUUGACCGCGCUAAGGAAUCAUUUCGAAAAUCGGAUGAUAAUACAAUCAUCAUCGGUAUAGUGACCGCUUUGGCAAUGACAGGUCUCGCCUCACUUAUUGUCGUUGAUUUCAUUUUUGUUCAGAUUGUCUACCGUACGUUUCACUACUUGGCUUACAAAGAAGACAAAGCAAAAGAACAAGGCGGCCAGGUCAUAUCGCAUAAUUUU